CCGCCCCACACCUGAGCAAACAGAAAGCAACUUGAUGAAACGUUGUGCUCAAAAGAGGAGAUAAUGAGAGACAGAGACGGACAAGUGGUGUUAAACUUCUCGGCCAUAAUAACCUCGUUCUUUAUUGAUAAACCGAGCGUCGUCCAGUGGAUCGAGACACUUGAGGAAGUUUGCAAAGUGACGGUAACCGUCAGAUUAAGAACCCCAAAGAGUAGAUACUGAGCAAGAAUGGCAGCCCACCACUCUGCUUUUUUGUGUAUGAUGUACCUAAUAACACCAAAAAAUUGCACUCAUUUCCAAAAAAACGCAUUGCCACAAAAGGUGGUAGUACCAUACUACCACCUUUUGUGGCGACGCUUUUGGAGCAUACUUUGCAUAGUUGUUUGGUCAACAUCCUCUCUCCGGUACCCAAACCACUGAUGGAUCCUGUAUUAUUUUUCUUCUCCUUCCUCCUCUAUUUUUCACAACACCUGCUGCUUCCGCUACCUGAGAUCUCUGCUAGAGAAGCUGCUUGCUACAUGCUGCCGGGCGUAUGACGUUCCACGCAAGACAGAAUGUGAUACUGACUGAAGACCAGAAGAUGGAGGAGGAGGAGGACAGAGUCAGAUAUCUGUCUCUGAAGAGUGACAGGUCCAUAAUUCAACCUCCACAGUUCAGUGGAGAACCUGGACCUUCAGACACAAAAGGUCAGUUCCACAGACAGAGAGCAGAGUCUACAGUAUCCAGCUGUGUGUUUAUGAAGAGUGACAGGUCCAUAAUUCAACCUCCAGACUUCAGUGGAGAACCUGGACCUUCAGACACAAAAGGUUGGUACCACAGACAGAGAGCAGAGUCUACAGUAUCCAGCUGUGUGUUUAUGAAGAGUGACAGGUCCAUAAUUCAACCUCCACAGUUCAGUGGAGAACCUGGACCUUCAGACACAAAAGGUCGGUACCACAGACAGAGAGCAGAGUCUACAGUAUCCAGCUGUGUGUUUAUGAAGAGUGACAGGUCCAUAAUUCAACCUCCACAGUUCAGUGGAGAACCUGGACCUUCAGACACAAAAGAGAGGAAGAGGAGUCAUUUUUCUGUGGAGGAGCAGCUGUCCUGCUGUGCUUUGUGUCAGGACGUCCUGAAGGAUCCAGUCUCUACCAGCUGUGGACACUGGUUCUGCAGACAGUGCAUCACCUCACACUGGGACCAGUCUGCUUCAUCAGGACACUCCUCCUGUCCCCAGUGUGGAAAAAGAUCCAGAACAACUGAUGUUGGUCUGCAGGAGGUUUUAGAUGAACAUAAGAUCAGUCUGAGGAGGAGAUGUGAACGUGUGACUGAAGGAACUGAUGUAAGAGGAACAGGAACCCUCCUCAACAGGAUCUACACUGAGCUCUACAUCACAGAGGGACAGAGUGAAGAGGUUAAUACCCAACAUGAGGUGAAGCAGCUUGAGACAGCUUCCAAGAUGAAGGCCCUCCAUGACACUCCAAUCAGGUGCCACGACAUCUUUAAAGCCUUACCUGACCAACAGAGACACAUCAGACUGGUUCUGACCAACGGCGUCGCUGGCGUUGGAAAAACCUUCUCAGUGCAGAAGUUCACUCUGGACUGGGCAGAGGGUUUUGAAAACAUAGAUGUCAGUGUGGUGAUUGUGCUUUCGUUCAGGGAGCUGAACUUGAUCAAAGAUGAGCAGUACAGUCUUCUCAGGCUGCUCCAUGUUUUCCAUCCAACAUUACAGGAGGUCACAGCAGAGGAGCUGGCUGUCUGUAAACUUUUGUUCAUCUUUGACGGCCUGGAUGAAAGCAGACUUUCACUGGACUUCAACAACAGUGAGGUUGUGUCCGAUGUCACACAGAAGGCAUCAGUCAACGUGCUGCUGACAAACCUCAUCAAGGGGAACCUGUUUCCCUCGGCUCUGGUCUGGAUCACUUCCAGACCUGCAGCAGCCAAUCAGAUCCCUCCUACAUGUGUUGACAGGGUAACAGAACUACGAGGCUUCACUGACGCCCAGAAGGAGGAGUACUUCAGGAAGAGGUUCAGUGAUGAAGAGCUGUCCAGCAGAAUCAUCUCCCACAUCAAGACCUCCAGGAGCCUCCACAUCCUGUGUGCAGUCCCAGUCUUCUGCUGGAUCACUGCUACAGUUCUGGAGCACAUGUUGACUACAGAGCAGAGAGGAGAGCUGCCCAAGACCCUGACUGACAUGUACUCACACUUUGUGAUGGUUCAGACAAAGAGGAAGAAGAACAAGUACCAUGCGGGACAUGAGAUGAGUCCACAGGAGCUGAUGGAGGCUGACAGGGAAGUUCUUCUGAAGCUGGGGAGGCUGGCGUUUGAACAUCUGGAGAAAGGAAACAUCAUGUUCUACCAAGAAGACCUGGAGCGCUGUGGUCUGGAUGUGACAGAGGCCUCAGUGUACUCAGGAGUUUGUACAGAGAUCUUCAAAAGAGAGAGUGUGAUCUUCCAGAAAUCAGUCUACUGCUUUGUUCAUCUGAGCAUUCAGGAGUUUCUGGCUGCAGUCUACAUGUUCCACUGUUACACCAACAAGAAGACAGAGGUUCUGAAGAACUUCCUGGGGAGAGACCACCAGGACUCAACUAAGUCUCUGGAAGACUUCCUCUAUGGAACCAUGAAGAAAUCCCUGCUCAGUAAAAAUGGUCACCUGGACCUGUUUGUUCGCUUCCUUCAUGGCCUCUCUCUGGAGUCCAACCACAGACUCUUAGGAGGUCUGCUGGGUCAGACAGAGAACAGUCCAGAAAUCAUCCAGAGAACCAUCAACAAGCUAAAAAAGAUGAGGAGUAGUAAAAUGUCUCUUGACAGAAGCAUCAACAUCUUCCACUGUCUGAUGGAGAUAAAAGACCUCUCAGUUAAUCAGAAGAUCCAAGAGUUCCUGAAGUCAGAGAACAGAUCGAAGAAGAAACUCUCUUCGAUCCACUGCUCAGCUCUGGCCUACAUGCUGCAGAUGUCAGAGGCGGUUCUGGAUGAAUUGGACCUGAACAAGUUCAACACAUCAGAGGAGGGACGACUGAGACUGAUCCCAGCUGUGAGGAACUGCAGAAAGGCUCAAUUUACUGGAUGUGGACUCUCAGAGACUCACUGUGAAGUUGUGUCCUCAGCUCUGAAGUCCAACCCUUCCUAUCUGACAGAGCUGGACAUGAGUGAUAAUGACCUGGAGGAUUCAGGAGUGGAGCAUCUGUCUGCUGGACUGGAGAGUCCAAACUGUAGACUGGAGACUCUGAGAUUGAUGAGCUGCAGUUUGUCAGAGAUCAGCUGUGAUUCUCUGGUCUCAGCCCUGAAGUCCAACCCCUCCCAUCUGAAACAUCUGCACCUGACUAACAACAACCUGAAGGAUUCAGGAGUGAAGCAGCUGUGUGGUUUUCUGGACAGUCCAGACUGUAGACUGGAGACUCUGAGUUUGAAGAGCUGCAGUUUGUCAGAGAUCAGCUGUUAUUAUCUGGUCUCAGCUCUGAAGUCCAACCCCUCCCAUCUGAAACAUCUGGAUCUGAGUAACAACAACCUGAAGGAUUCAGAUGUGAAGCAUCUUCUUCAUCUUGUGAAGAGUCCAGACUAUAAACUGGAGACUCUGAGACUGAAAGAAGACCAGAAGAUGGAGGAAGAGGAGGACAGAGUCAGCUGUGUGUCUCUGAAGAGUGACAAGUCCAUAAUUGAUCCUCCAUACUUCAGUAAAGAACCUGGACUUUCAGACACAAAAGGUCGGUACCACAGACAGAGAGCAGAGUCUACAGUAUCCAGCUGUGUGUCUCUGAAGAGUGACAAGUCCAUAAUUGAUCCUCCAUACUUCAGUAAAGAACCUGGACUUUCAGACACAAAAGGUCGGUACCACAGACAGAGAGCAGAGUCUACAGUAUCCAGCUGUGUGUCUCUGCAGAGUGACAAGUCCAUAAUUGAUCCUCCAUACUUCAGUAAAGAACCUGGACUUUCAGACACAAAAGGUCGGUACCACAGACAGAGAGCAGAGUCUACAGUAUCCAGCUGUGUGUCUCUGCAGAGUGACAAGUCCAUAAUUGAUCCUCCAUACUUCAGUAAAGAACCUGGACUUUCAGACACAAAAGGUCGGUACCACAGACAGAGAGCAGAGUCUACAGUAUCCAGCUGUGUGUCUCUGAAGAGUGACAAGUCCAUAAUUGAUCCUCCAUACUUCAGUAAAGAACCUGGACUUUCAGACACAAAAGGUCGGUACCACACACAGAGAGCAGAGUCUACAGUAUCCAGCUGUCUGUCCAUGAAGAGUGACAGGUCCAGAAUUGAUCCUCCACAAUUCAGUGGAGAACCUGGACCUUCAGACACAAAAGAGAGGAAGAGGAGUCAUGUUUCUGUGGAGGAGCAGUGUGGAAACAGACCCAGAACAACUGAUGUUGGUCUGCAGGAGGUUUUAGAUGAACAUAAGAUCAGUCUGAGGAGGAGAUGUGAACAUGUGACUGAAGGAACUGAUGUAAGAGGAAGAGGAACCUUCCUCAACAGGAUCUACACUGAGCUCUACAUCACAGAGGGACAGAGUGAAGAGGUUAAUACCCAACAUGAGGUGAAGCAGCUUGAGACAGCUUCCAAGAUGGAGGCCCUCCAUGACACUCCAAUCAGGUGCCACAACAUCUUUAAAGCCUUACCUGACCAACAGAGACGCAUCAGACUGGUUCUGACCUACGGCGUCGCUGGCAUUGGAAAAACCUUCUCAGUGCAGAAGUUCACUCUGGACUGGGCAGAGGGUUUGGAAAACCAAGAUGUCAGUGUGGUGAUUGUGCUUUCGUUCAGGGAGCUGAACUUGAUCAAAGAUGAGCAGUACAGUCUUCUCAGUCUGCUCCAUGUUUUCCAUCCAACAUUACAGAAGGUCACAGCAGAGGAGCUGGCUGUCUUUAAACUUUUGUUCAUCUUUGACGGCCUGGAUGAAAGCAGACUUUCACUGGACUUCAACAACAGUGAGGUUGUGUCUGAUGUCACACAGAAGGCAUCAGUCAACGUGCUGCUGACAAACCUCAUCAAGGGGAAGCUGCUUCCCUCGGCUCUGGUCUGGAUCACUUCCCGACCUGCAGCAGCCAAUCAGAUCCCUCCUACAUGUGUUGACAGGGUAACAGAAGUACGAGGCUUCACUGACGCCCAGAAGGAGGAGUACUUCAGGAGGAGGUUCAGAGAUGAAGAGCUGUCCAGCAGAAUCAUCUCCCACAUCAAGACCUCCAGGAGCCUCCACAUCCUGUGUGGAGUCCCAGUCUUCUGCUGGAUCACUGCUACAGUUCUGGAGCAAAUGUUGACUACAGAGCAGAGAGGAGAGCUGCCCAAGACCCUGACUGACAUGUACUCACACUUUGUGAUGGUUCAGACAAAGAGGAAGAAGAACAAGUACCAUGAGGGACAUAAGAUGAGUCCACAGGAGCUGAUGGAGGCUGACAGGGAAGUUCUUCUGAAGCUGGGGAGGCUGGCAUUUGAACAUCUGGAGGAUGGAAACAUCAUGUUCUACCAAGAAGACCUGGAGCGCUGUGGUCUGGAUGUGACAGAGGCCUCAGUGUACUCAGGAGUUUGUACAGAGAUCUUCAAAAGAGAGAAUGUGAUCUUCCAGAAAUCAGUCUACUGCUUUGUUCAUCUGAGCGUUCAGGAGUUUCUGGCUGCAGUCUACAUGUUCCACUGUUACACCAACAAGAAGAUAGAGGUACUGAAAGACUUCCUGAGGAAAGGCCACCAAGACUCCACUAAGUCUCUGUAUAACUUCUUGUAUGGAGCGAUGUAUAAAUCUCUGGAGAGUGAAAAUGGUCAUCUGGACCUGUUUGUUCGCUUCCUUCAUGGCCUCUCUCUGGAGUCCAACCACAGACUCUUAGGAGGUCUGCUGGGUCAGACAGAGAACAGUCCAGAAAUCAUCCAGAGAGCCAUCUACAACUUGAAGAAUAUAAACACUUAUACAGUCUCUCCUGACAGAAGCAUCAACAUCUUCCACUGUCUGAUGGAGAUGAACGACCUCUCAGUUCAUCAGGAGAUCCAAGAGUUUCUGAAGUCAAAGAACAGAUCAAAGAAGAAACUCUCUGUGAUCCAGUGCUCAGCUCUGGCCUACAUGCUGCAGAUGUCAGAGGAGGUUCUAGAUGAGUUGGACCUGAAAAAGUACAACACAUCAGAUGAGGGACGACAGAGACUGAUGCCAGCUGUGAGGAACUGCAGAAAGGCUCAAUUAACUGGAUGUGGACUCUCAGACAUUCACUGUGAAGUUGUGUCCUCAGUUCUGAAGACCAACCCUUCCUAUCUGACAGAGCUGGACAUGAGUAAUAAUGACCUGAACAAUUCAAGAAUGAAGCAUCUGUCUGCUGGACUGGAGAGUCCAAACUGUAGACUGGAGACUCUGAGAUUGGAGAACUGCAGUUUGUCAGAGAUCAGCUGUGAUUAUCUGGGACCAGCUCUGAAGUCCAACCCCUCCCAUCUGAAACAUCUGGACCUGAGUGAGAACAACCUGAAGGAUUCAGGAGUGAAGCAGCUGUGUGGUUUUCUGGAGAGUCCAGACUCUAGACUGGAGACUCUGAGAUUGAACAGCUGCAGUUUGUCAGAGAUCAGCUGUGAUUCUCUGGGACCAGCUCUGAAGUCCAACCCCCCCCAUCUGAAACAUCUGGACCUGAGUGAAAACAACCUGAAGGAUUCAGGAGUGAAGCAGCUGUGUGGUUUUCUGGAGAGUCCAGACUGUAGACUGGAGACUCUGAGUUUGAAGAGCUGCAGUUUGUCAGAGAUCAGUUGUGAUUCUCUGGUCUCAGCUCUGAAGUCCAACCCCUCCCAUCUGAAACAUCUGGACCUGAGUAACAACAGCCUGAAGGAUUCAGGAGUGAAGCAGCUGUGUGGUUUUCUGGAGAGUCCAGACUGUAGACUGGAGACUCUGAGAUUGCAGAGCUGCAAGAUGUCAGAGAUCAGCUGUGAUUCUCUGGUCUCAGCUCUGAAGUCCAACCCCUCCCAUCUGAAACAUCUGGACCUGAGUAACAACAAGCUGAAGGAUUCAGGAAUGAAGCAGCUGUGUGGUUUUCUGGAGAGUCCAGACUGUAGACUGGAGACUCUGGAACUAAAGAACUGCAGUUUGUCAGAGAUCAGCUGUGAUUCUCUGGUCUCAGCUCUGAAGUCCAACCCCUCCCACCUGAAACAUCUGGACCUGAGUGACAACAACCUGGAGGAUUCAGGAGUGAAGCAGCUGUGUGGUUUUCUGGAGAGUCCAGACUGUAGACUGGAGACUCUGAGGUUGUGGAGCUGCAGGUUGUCAGAGAUCAGCUGCGAUUCUCUGGUCUCAGCUCUGAAGUCCAACCCCUCCAAUCUGAAACAUCUGGACCUGAGUCUCAACAACCUGAAGGAUUCAGAUGUGAAGCAGCUUCUUGAUCUUGUGGAGAGUCCAGACUAUAAACUGGAGACUCUGAGGUGA